AUGACAAACAUAUUUAAUGUUUGUCUUUUUUCUUUGCUAUGUUUUUCCUAUUCAUGUGUAGCGUCAGCCCGCCAGUUGCCUAAAGAAUGCUCUAAAGGGCCUUCCUAUUGGUGUCAAAGCCUUAAAAUUGCAUCCGAUUGCGGCGCUGUCGGACACUGCAUUGGCACAGUGUGGGAGAAGCAGGAACAGGAAAUACGCAGAAACGAUGUCUCCGAAAAAUUCAUCCGACUCUUCAGGCAGCUGAAGGAUGUCAAGGAUCUGAUUAAUGCGGAAUAUCUGUCAGCACGCAUGAAUACGGCGUGCCGUGAUGUUUCCGACCCAGCUAUUACUAAGUACUGUCGCGAGAACACCGCCUACCUGGAGGAGUACCUUGCAGCUCUGUUGUCAUCCAAUACUUCCCCUGAGACCAUGUGCCGCGUCGUUGCCAUGUGCAAUAGCGACAAGUUGGACCAUAUCAUGUCGAUGAACAAAAAGAAAUCGACUACAAUUGACAAGUACGAAGGUAAACUUUUAGGCUCAUCACGCUGUACUUGGGGACCAUCUUAUUGGUGCAGCAACUUCAGCACUGGACGGGAAUGCAAAGCAACACACCACUGCGUGAGCCGGGUGUGGCCUCGCGUCGACUUCCCGCAAGACAACGACGGCAUCUGCAAGAUCUGUACGGAUAUGGUGAAACAAGCCCGCGACCAGCUGCAGAGCAACGAAACUCAGGAAGAAUUAAAAGAAGUGUUCGAGGGCUCAUGCAAACUGAUCCCGAUCAAGAUAGUGCGUAAGGAGUGCAUAGCGUUGGCGGACGACUUCGUGCCCGAGCUGGUGGAGACCUUGGCGUCACAGAUGAACCCGCAGGCAGUCUGCUCAGUUGCUGGACUUUGCAAUAACGCGAGGAUCGAUGCGCUCCUCGAGGACUAUAACAAAAAGUUGGAGCUUCGUUCGGGCUGCAACAACUGUCGCAGAACUGUAGGCGUUGUCAGGAAGAGAUUCGACGCGACCACGUACGAAGACUUCCUCGUCGGAUUACUGCAGGUAUGCGGCCGAAUGAGCUCGUUGUCGGACUCGUGCUCAAUGCUGACAUUCAAGUACUACGAGAACAUCCUCGCGGCUAUCAAGAAGGAUCUCACGCCGCACAGCAUCUGCCAUCUCAGCGGGCAAUGCGCCAUGCGAUACCACUCGCACGAUGACUACGAUUUCCCCGACACCAAGCUGGAAAAUCUCAAGGCCACCGAUGACGUUCCAUGCGAGUUUUGCGAGCAAGUGGUCAAUCAUCUGCGAGACGUGUUGGUUGCAAACACUACCGAAUCCGAAUUCCACAGGGUGCUUAUUGGUCUGUGCAAGCAAACGGGUUCAUUCAAAUCGGAAUGCUUAAGCAUCGUUGAGCAAUACUACUCCGUUAUAUACAACUUCCUCGUGUCGGAGCUGAAAGGAGACGAAAUUUGCACACUCAUGGGAAUCUGCUCGAAGAAGGCCGAUGUCCCCGUAGCAGUGUUGCUUCCUAAAGAAUUGGCUGUAAAAGCGAUCACGCAGUCACCGAAGCUUAUUGGAACUGAUGAGGCCAAUAGUUAUACCACUCCAAAGGUUGCCCGCGUGCCUGUAGCGAACAAGCAGACGAACGUGCGUAUAAUCAGCGAGUCCAGCGCUCAGUUGCCCAUCGAGCGAAUGUUCGUGUCUGUGCCGCAGAGCAAGGCCGCCUGUUCCUUCUGCCAGUACUUCCUGCACUACCUGCAGGUCGAGCUCAGCGACACCAACACAGAGGAAUCGAUCCAGGAGGCUGUGUCCAAAGCAUGCAAUAGUCUACCGCAGUCAGUCAACAGCGAGUGCAAGCAGUUCGUCACUGAAUACGGCCCAGCAGUAAUUGCAUUGCUUGUCCAAGAAAUCGACCCAUCUAGUGUGUGCCCUGCUUUAGGUCUCUGCCCGCAGACGGAGGAAGUGCGCCACGUCUCUAUUAACUCUGAUAAGUCCAACUGUCCGCUCUGCUUGUUCGCAGUGGAACAACUCGAAACAAUGCUAAAGAACAAUCGCAGUGAGGACAACAUUCGUCACGCUUUAGACAACCUUUGCAACCAUCUAUCCGCUAAGCUUCGUACGGAAUGCGUGGACUUUGUCGACUCGUAUACCAAGCAGCUUGUAGAGAUGCUUGUAGCGAAUAUGAACGCACAGGAGAUCUGCGUGUUCCUCAAACUGUGCAAGGACGAAGUAAAGGACCCGCUGAAGAUCACCCAUCAGUCGAUAGACAAGUUCCACGAGCAACCGCAGUUGAGGGGUGACAGAAACAACUUCAGAAGGAAGUCUAUGCUACCGCAGGAGAUGUUGGAGACGACAGCCGGUGAUAUAGAGACGAACGAAAUUCCCGAUCACACAGUAAACGGUCGAAUGAAGAAACAACUUAAGCAGAAGUCCGUGUGCAUCAUGUGCGAGUUUGUUAUGAAAGAAAUUGACGACCAGAUUAAAGACAAACAUAACGACGACGAAAUUAAAAAAAUAGUGCACGGCGUCUGCAAACGUAUGCCCAAGUCAGUGCGCUCUGAGUGUGAUCAAUUCGUAGAUAAAUACUCCGACUUGGUCAUCAGUCUGCUGGCCCAGGAGCUGGACCCGUCCGAAGUCUGCCAGGAAUUGAAACUUUGCGACUCCACUAGGAUGACUGACGUUAAAGCAGAGGCGAUCUUGGACUGCGCGGUGUGCGAGACGGUGGUGAUGGCGGUGAAGAAAGUGCUCAGCAACGACAAGGUGGACCGCAACAUCGUACAUGUGGUGGAGAAGUCCUGCGCACUGCUGCCCGCCAAGUACUCUGACAGGUGCCACACGAUGCUGGAGAUCUACGGCGACAGCGUCAUCCACCUGAUCGAGGAGUUGGGUACGAAGGGCGUAUGCGAGAAAAUCGGUCUCUGCUCCGACCACAGUGCGGCCUACGUGCACAUGCACACGGGCAACUAUUGA